UGCCAAUGUAUACAGGUGGGAAUUGAACUCUGGCCCUCUGCGAGAGCAGUCUACACUCUAAAUGGCUGAGUGGUGCCACCAGCCCUGACUUGGGUUUCUGAGAUGGGAUCUGGGGCCGACAGCUCCCUGAUGAAGCUGGGCUGGCUGUAAGCCCCGGGGACCCUGUUUCCACCUCCCCUGUGCCGAGGUUCCUGGCAUGUGGCACUGUGCCCAGCCUUGCGUUCUGGAGAUCUUCAGUUAGGUCCUCCUGCUUGGAUGGUAAAGAUGAGCACUUCAUCCUCUAAGCUUCUCCCAGCACUUGGAGAAACUUGGUUUGAGGCUCAAGGUCUGGUGACUGGGUACUGUGUCUCAGAGCUGUGGCUGGGCAAAUGGUAUUAGCAGGCUCUGUGACAGACUCAUCCGAGGUGCAGAGGAGGGUCAGGAACACUCAUACUCCAAGGCCUUGCAGUCCUCAUGUUCCCCACAUACCAAGCGCCUACUUUGGUCUCUUGUUCUGAUCCCCAGCAGCCACCAUUGCAUAGCGCUGGGAACCCAGCCACACUGGGCCUAUUUUAUCCCGCAGAAGACAUGUCAGAGGUGGGACUCACGGCCACAGACCUCAAGACUCUCCCACAUGAGCAAGGCCCCGUGGCCUCUGGGGCUCCCAGCGUGAAGGAGACCGGAGGUGGAGAAAACGUUAGUCCUAUGAGAGACUUGGACCUCGAGGAGUGCCUGGAGGGCAGAAACCGGGUGGCCCUGAGGCUGGCCUGCAUCGGUGAUGAGAUGGACCUAUGUCUGCGGAGCCCCCGUCUGGCCCAGCUGCCAGGGAUUGCCAUGCACAGACUCACUGUCACCUACAGCCAAAUGGGUGUCAGGGGUAUUUUCCGAAGCUUGACUCGUGGCCUCACCAACCUUAGGGAAAACAUCUGGGCCUGGAGGGUCCUGACUCCUGGAGCCCAGGUGUCACCCGACCAGGACCACGGACAGCUGUUUCCCAUGGUGCUGCUGGUCCUCUUGCUGCUGGGUGAGGCCUGGCAUUUGCAGCUUCAGUGAGGUCCAGUGGGGGCAGGGCUGGCCCCUGCCCCUCAACUACCCCCUAGAGGUGCCGGCACCCUAACUGUGGUGUUUUCUGACUACCCCCCCCCUUUUUUUAUAUUUAACUCAGGAUAGUGCUGACAUUUCAUACAGGUUUUCUGGGUUUUUGUAAGGCAAAUGAAUUCACCUCAGGGACAUUACUGGCUAAAAGCCCCUGAGGCCUGGCUGGCCCCUCUCUCUUGACCCCUGCCUGCCUUCCUCUCUGCAGGCUGGUCCUGUGGCCAUCAGUGGGGGGAGUGCUGGACACACCCCUGUCUGUGAAGCCUUGAGGCACAGAAUCUACUGGACUAGAUUCCUUUGGGGUGCAGAGUUCAAUAAAGUGUUGUUUCUGGA